AUGACUAAGUUCAUCUGUAUCGCCCUGGUGCUGGUUUGCAUCGCCGUCUCCGUACACGGUCAGUACCGCACGGACGUACAGUGCACGUCGUUUAACGACUGCAUCUGCAAGCUGCCAAAGAUCAUCGGCGCAGUUGCGGGACGUACCGCUACGGCGAACAUCCGCAACCCGGCGAACGGUGAAACGUACGUAUUGGAUCUUUCGAAACCAUCGCAGGCCGUUACCGACUACUGCAACCAGCUGCGUCAGGGACUGAACCCUGCUGUACCAUUCAAAGCAGUGAACGCAGCCAAAGUAGCCCAGGUUCAAGCUCUUCUGGCCCAGCGUCUUGCUGCAGCGAGGGGUUAA